UGGAACUUUGCUGGGCGCGCCAAAUUUUCUCUCCCUCUGUAUACUACAUAGAAGAAGCACCGAGAAUACAGGGACAUGAUGGAUCGUUAUAAUGACCUCAAAAUCUUGUUGAAAAAAUGGGAGUCAUCUUUUGUUCAGGAACAUAAACGGAAGCCCAAUAAGGAAGACAUAGACAGUGCUUCACAAGAAACAAAAGAGUUGUACAGAGAAUAUAGAGCACUCAAAACGACAAGAGAAAAUGCAGAAAAUGAAAAAAUGACAGCAUCCAAUAGUGGAAUAUCCAAGCAAGAUGAUGUGAUAGCUGAUUCUGGUUGUUGGGGCUCUCAUCUUAACCGAGUCAAUACACCAUCAACAAAGUUAACUUCCAAAGAGAGGGACUCGCUUAAAGUUUCAGCUCUGUAUUAUGGAAUGAAGUUGAAGUCAAACAUGGGCACAUUAACUAAGGAUAGACCAACAUCUCUGAAAAAGUCAUUUACUCCAAAGAGAACCUUAAAAAAAUCACCAGAAAAGACCACAAAUACAGCUACAGUGGAAAGUCCACCAUUGUGUGUGCCAAACCCAAGUAUUUGUACCACUCCUCUAAGUUGUUCUAGAGUUCCAUCCUUGAGUACUGAGGAAGAAGAUCAACCAUUUCAAGGUUUAAAUGUGGCUAAGAUCAUCUCACCUGUUACUUGUACAAAGAAUGAGGUAAAAGCCCAGAGGUUACGAAAUUCAAUGAUAAAAAGGCUGUCUUCAUUAGAUCCAGGUUGGCUGGAGCGUUGUCGGGUGUUUGCUAAAGUGGAGCAGGAGGAUGAGAUGCCAAUUAGAAACAUGGCAAAUGGAAACUUAAAUGCAGAAUAUAGUAAAAAGAACAACCUUCCUAACCAUUUAGUAAUGUCUUCUAAGGAAGAUGCAGUAGAUCCUGAAAUGCUGAAAGAACUGGUAUGCUCAUUAAAUAGUACAGAAACCAAACAGAAAGAGGGUUCUGUUAAUGGUUUCCAAAAAACACCAAGUGAUCACAAAACUGAGAAAGUUACCAAGUCCAAAUAUGUAGAAAAUAUGCAUCAAUAUGAAUUUAAUGAGGACGAGCAUCCUCUUUCUACUGACAGUAAGCAGAAUUCUGGAAAUGCAGAGUUUGAACAGAAGACCCAAGAAACACAGAAAAUUGGCAAAGAAAUACAUAGUGGAGUUGCCAGUGAAGCAGAACAACCAAGAAAGGAGAUAAGAAAAAUAAACAAAAAAAGACAAAGAGCAGAGGAAACUGUCAACUCUUUAGAACCCACAUCUGUCCCCAAGAAGAGAAAAACAACUAAAGGCAGUCCAGUUUCUACAGUGGGAGAGAAAUGCGGCAAACCAAAGGCUGGUAGGAGAUGUGGAUCCAAAGAGGUCACUGAGGAAAGUAGCAGUGCACAGAACCUGAAGCCAGACCAAACACAUUCGAUAGAGAAUAUUUUUGGAGAACUUGAGGAUGAAGCUGAAGCCAUGAGAAACACCAAUACACAUGCAAGUAGGGGAAGAAGGCUUGGUUCCAAACCUACAGAUGGAAACUUUGUUAGAAUCAAUCUAAAAAAGAAAUCUCACGUUAAAGGAUUUGCACUAAAAGGAGCUCUGCUUCGUAAACAGAUGUACAUGCAUAAGUUCCAACUGAAGGGUGAACGGUUUGGAGGUGCUGGUCGAGGAAGAGGAAGAGGUUUUGUUAGUAGUGGUGAUAUUUGCUUUAAAUGUGGUGGCACUGGACACUGGGCUAGAGACUGCAAGGGCCGAGUACCAGUUGUACAGUUAGAAGAGCCAGAUGAAAAUGCUGAAGAAGCUUUUGAGUUGCCAACACUUGAAGAAGUGGCCCGCACCACAGCUACGCUUCGAUGCGAUCCUUUUGUUCCUGCACAUUCUAGUCAGGAAAACGAGUCUGAAAUGAAGGAGGAAGAUUAUGUCCUAAUGAAUGUGAUCCGUCCUGAUUACGAAAAGCCGACUCCCCCAGAAGCCAUUAAACCUCUCUACCACCUUGAGGAAGAUGGCAAGGUAAUAGCAACUCCACCAGAAGUUUAUGAAGCUCUUGCUGAUUUUGGUUACAAGUCAUUUAGACCUGGUCAAGAACUCGCUAUUAUGCGGAUCCUUUCAGGCCUGUCCACUUUAGUGGUUCUUUCUACUGGAAUGGGAAAAUCUCUUUGCUACCAGCUUCCAGCCUACUUAUAUGCCAAAAGGUCAAAAAGCAUUGCACUAGUUGUCUCUCCAUUAGUGUCUCUUAUGGAUGAUCAGGUUUCUGGUCUCCCUCCCAAAGUAAAAGCUGCCUGCAUUCAUUCCAACAUGACAAAAAAUCAAAGAGAAGCUGCCAUUGAAAAGGUGAAAGAAGGCAAAGUCCACGUACUACUGCUGUCUCCUGAGGCACUUGUUGGCGGUGGACAUGCUGGAUCUGGCUGCCUGCCUCCUGCCGAUCAGCUUCCCCCAGUAUCCUUUGCAUGUAUAGAUGAAGCACAUUGUGUAUCUGAGUGGUCCCACAAUUUCCGGCCCUGUUACCUUAGGCUUUGUAAAGUUCUUAGAGACCGCUUGGGUGUGCGAUGUUUGCUAGGUCUGACAGCAACUGCAACUCUUGCCACAGCACGUGAUAUUGCCCAUCACCUGGAGAUCAAAGAUGAAGAUGGAAUAGCUGUUAGAUCUGCAGCAGUGCCUCCUAAUUUGCAUCUGUCUGUGUCAAUGGACAAAGAAAAAGACCAGGCUCUUGUGGGUUUGCUGAAAGGUGAUCGAUUUGGCUCACUGGACUCCAUUAUUGUCUACUGCACUCGGAGAGAGGAGACUAACCGUAUUGCUGCCUUGCUGCGUACUUGUAUGCAAGGUGUAGUGCUAAAGGAAGUCCCUGAAUCCAUUGAAGAGGAAUUUGAGGAUAUCCAUGCUAAAAGGAAAAAGGCUCUGGCUAAGAAGAUGAUCCGGAAGCCACUGAAGUGGAUAGCGGAGUCUUACCAUGCAGGCAUGUCUGCAUCUCAGCGUCGAAGAGUCCAGAACAACUUCAUGUGCGGGGAGCUGCGUAUUGUUGUGGCAACAGUGGCUUUUGGAAUGGGCUUGGACAAGUCGGAUGUGCGUGGGAUCAUCCACUAUAACAUGCCGAAAAGCUUUGAAAGCUAUGUGCAGGAAAUUGGCAGAGCUGGCAGGGAUGGGAAAUCCGCCCAUUGCCAUCUUUUUCUGGACCCUGAGGGUGGAGAUCUUUGUGAACUACGAAGGCAUAUCUAUGGAGAUACUGUUGAUUAUUUCACUGUGAAGAAACUUGUGCAGAAAUUAUUUCCACCUUGUAAGUGCCGUCAAAUAAAUGAAAAACAGCAGGCUCUACUUAAGUUUGGGGAAGUUGAAGAUGAGGAGAUGCUUAGUCUUCCUGAUCCUUCUAAUGGACAGUCACCUUCCAGUGUUCACCAACAUCAGGAGGAAGAACAAAAUUGCAGUGAAACACAAAAUGUCAUCAGAGUCUGUCACACUCAUGAACGUGCAGUUCCUAUCCAAGAAACCGUGGAAGCUCUUGACAUAACAGAAGAAGGUAUAGAGACUAUGCUUUGCUAUCUGGAAUUGCACCCUCAGCACUGGGUGGAGUUGCUACACCCCACACUCUCCUCUUGUCAUUUGGUUUGCUACAGUGGACCCCAGCAGCUUCGAGCUAUUGCCAAGAUUUGUCCCCCAGUUGCAGUAGCACUUGCUCGGAAGAGGCUGGCUGGCGAGAGCCUUUCCCACUCGAGUUCAGUGACAUUCGAUGUGGUGGAACUGGCAGACUCUAUGGGCUGGGAGCUUAUUCCAGUCAAAAGAACUCUCCGGCAACUCCAGUGGAAGACUGAGAGAGGUCCCCCAGGCUUUAGAGGGACAGGAAAGAGUGGUGUCCUGGUGGAGUUCUCCAGUUUGUCCUUCCACUUCCGUUCUUAUGGAGAUCUAACUCACCAGGAAAUGGACAGCAUUUGUGAGUUCUUACACCAGAGAAUUCAGGCUCAAGAGAAGACUCAGCUGUAUCAGCUAAAAGCUUGCUUUAAGGCCUUCUUUAGUGUUGCUUACCGUAGCUCUACUUCUUGUUCUGAUAAGAUGGAUGAUGACAGGAGCCAAAAGCUGAAGGCCUUGCUAAUGAACUACUUUGACAAGAAGGCUGAACUGGAUCUAAGCAAAAAGUAUGAAGAGGAUAAAGAGGACUGUGAACUUAGUAAAUAUAAGUUAAAAGACUGGGAGGAUCAGAUUCGUGCAGACAUAAGAAGUUUCCUUUCAACUCACAAUGAAGAAAAGUUUUCUGGAAGAGCAAUAGCCAGAAUAUUUCAUGGAAUUGGAAGUCCUUGUUAUCCUGCAUUGACUUAUGGAAAAGACAGAAGAUUCUGGAGAAAAUAUAUUAAUUUUGAUUUCAAUGAAAUCAUCAGAAUGGCAACUGAGGAAAUUAUAAGAACCAAGUAAAACUGUGCAUUAUAACUUGUAUUGAUUAGAAUUACCAGUAGGAAAGCACCAUGUUAUUUGACUAUUGGCAGUUUUCAGUUUUCGCUGCAAGACACAAGUUGUUGCAAUGUAAUGUAAGUAGAUAUAUUUCUGAAUUCAAUGCAAAACUCUUCUGUAGUUUCAGUGAGAACUUGUUGGUAACUGAAGUUUAAUUAAAGAAGCUAAAUCUGAUGUGUUUGUAUAAUGUAAAGAUGUAUAGUGCCUAACUAAAUAUGAAAUAUGCUUGAAAUUCUGCCAGUUGACCUGUAGUUUAAGAAUGCGUUUGCCUUUCAAAAGUGAGAUCACUUUGUACUAA